AUGGCCCCGAUCCCACAUAGCCCCAAUCCCACAUGGCACCGAUCCCACCUGGCCCCAAUCCCACAUGGCCCCGAUCCCACAUGGCCCCGAUCCCACAUGGCCCCGAUCCCACAUGGCCCCAAUCCCACAUGGUCCCAAUCCCACAUGGCCCCAAUCCCACAUGGCCCCGAUCCCACAUGGCCCCGAUCCCACAUGGCCCCGAUCCCACAUGGCCCCGAUCCCACAUGGCCCCGAUCCCACAUGGCCCCGAUCCCACAUGGCCCCGAUCCCACAUGGCCCCGAUCCCACAUGGUGCGGGUCCUGGACAACCUGUAG